AUGGUCGCCCUAGCGCCAUGUAGGGCGUGUUUGCGCUCUGUAGCAUUCAGCAGAGGGCCGUCAGCACCAUUGUCACGAUCGGCUCGCCUCCCCGCGCAGCUCCUCACUCGCUCGGCGUCCUCUGCCAAGCCGGACCCUGCGCCGUACCACAUUAACGAGGACGAGGACGACUUUGACGACGUCGUGGGCGAGAUCAAGAGGAGACGGAAGCGCAUGGCGGAUAAACGGAAUCGUCAGGGCGGCGACUUUGUCGACUUUCUCAAGGUCCACAUUCGAGGAGGCAAGGGAGGCGCCGGCACUGCAGCCUUCAUGCCCACGAAGCGCGGCCUCGGCCCACCAUCAGGCGGAAACGGCGGACCCGGCGGCAACGUGUACAUCAAGACAAGCCCCGACAUCCACUCGCUCUCGACGGUGUCGAAGCGCGGCGUCGGCGGGCAGGGCGGCAACGGCGCCGGGAACCUGCGGCACGGGGGCCGGGGGGACGACGUGACUAUCACCGUGCCAGUCGGAACCGUCAUCCGCGAGGUGCACCGCGAGGGCGAGGCGGAGAAGACGUGGGCGGACGAGAACGCGAUGGGGCUCGAGAUGGAGGAGCGGCGCGAGCGUGCCCGCGAGCGCUGGCUCGUCAAGCACCCCAACUUUGAGGCGAGCCCCCGCGAUAUCCGUGAGGCUGAGGCCGUGCUCCGCGAGGGUGGGCGGUGGACCCAGCGCACGCCGUCAUUCGAGGACGAGCCGGCGCUCGAGCUCGACAUUGCCGAGCCCAUCACCAAGCCGCUCCUCCUUGCGCGUGGAGGCGGCGGUGGCCUGGGGAACACGCACUUCGUGUCGCCUACCACUCGACACCCCCGACUCGCUAGCCGCGGUAUUAUCCCGCCCAGCAGGACGUUCGAGUUUGAGCUCAAGCUCCUGGCCGAUGUCGGUCUCGUGGGCCUGCCCAACGCUGGCAAGAGCACCCUCCUCCGCUCGAUGACAGGCCGCCGCGCCGAGGUCGCCGACUAUGCCUUCACGACGCUGCAUCCGCAGAUUGGCGUCGUUCGCGUGCUCAACGACGGCACGUGGGCCGCUGAGCAGGACACGCCCAUCGAGGAGACGGAGCUCGAGCGCAUGCUCGACGCCGAGGCGCGCAUGAAGGGCGAGUACCAGCCUCUGCCUCGUGCACCUCGCGCGCGCGACCGCCGCUCUCAAGAGCGCAUCCGCUUCACCGUCUCCGACAACCCUGGUUUGCUUGCGCGCGCAAGCGAAAACGUCGGCCUCGGCCACAGCUUCCUCCGGUCGAUCGAGCGCUCCCUGGCGUUGGCGUACGUCCUCGACGGCCGCCACGCCGACCCUGCCGACGGCCUGCGUGUCCUCCACAAAGAGCUCGAGGCGUACAAGCCUGGCCUUGCGGCGCGUGCGCGUCUGAUCGCUCUGAACAAGACCGACGGGCAGGAGGACGAAGCGAUCGCGGAGAAGGUCGAGGGCCUGCGCCGUGCCGCCGAGGAGAUUGCCCAGGCUGACGGGACUGCCCCACCCGUGGUGCUCGUCGUCAGCGCCAAGUUCGGCACUGGAAUGGACAAGGUUGUUCACACCCUUGCUGAUGCCGUCGGCGCUGCGCGUGAGAAGAUCGAAGCGGCCAAGGCCAAGCCUGCUGUGAGGCAGGUUGAGGAGGAGGAGCCGGAGGAGAAGGAGGCCGAUCUUUUCUAGUCUGUCUCUGAGGGUUCCAGACAAGACAUAUCAAGCAUAGCAUCCCCACUCUGUAGCGCAUCACCUUGCAUGGCAUGCAUAUCAUGGC